AUGAGGGCCGCCGCGGCCUUCGCCCUGCUCGCUUCCGCGCGGGCGGGCGAUGCGUGCAACGGGAAGUACACCGACGAGAAGAGCUGCAGCGCGGAUUCCGCGUGCACCUGGUGCAAGGCCGCGGCGGUGCCGAGCGCCUGCUUCCAGAAGGAGGACGCAAAGCGCCUGCCGUCCGGCGUCUUCACCUGCGGCGGUGGCCGCCAGCGCAGGAACGAGCUCCUCGCACGCGAGGUGCAGGAGGGCAUGGGCAUCGUGUGGCGCGGCAACGCCUCCAACUCUCACGAGCUGCUGCUGUCUGAUGCCGAGUACCCCGAGGAGUUCAACUGGUGCAGCAAGGAUGGCAAGAGCUUCUGCACCAUGAACCUCAACCAGCACAUCCCCCAGUACUGCGGCUCCUGCUGGGCUCAUGGGGCGGUGUCUGCGCUCGCUGACCGUGUCAAGAUCGCCCGCAACGCCGAGGGAAUCGACGUCAACCCGUCCGUGCAGCACAUCCUCAACUGCGGCGGCGUGGGCAGCUGCCACGGUGGAUCGAUCGACGGAGUGUACCAGUGGCUGAAGAAGAUCUCCGACAGCGGCAGUGGACUGAGCUAUGCGACUGCCCAGCCCUACAUGGCGUGCUCCUCGGAGUCCACGGAGGGCUUCUGCAAGCAAGUCGACUGGACGUGCAAGCCCGAGAACAUUGCGCGCACCUGCGGGAGCUUCGACCACGAGGGCGGCGCUUGCUCCGGCCUCAGCUCGUACCCGAACGUCACCAUUUCCGACUACGGCUCCAUCAGCGGCAAGGAUGCCAUGAUGAAGGAGAUCUAUGCCCGCGGUCCUAUUGCCUGCGGCAUCGACGCGAACCCGCUGCUGAACUACGAAAACGGCGUGAUUACAACGCCGAGCGAGUCAAUCGACCAUGUUGUAUCGGUCGUCGGCUGGGGCAAGGACGAGGAGAACGGCGGCUACUGGAUCGUGCGCAAUUCGUGGGGCGAGUAUUGGGGCGAGAUGGGCUACGUGCGCGUCGGCUUCGGGGCCCUCAACGUGGAGGGCCAGUGCUCCUGGGCCGUCGUCAAGGACUUCACCGCGCCCGAGAAGUCGAACCAGGUCCACUGCCACGAAGGCGGCGACAACUGCAAGGCACCGAAGGUCCCCCAGCUCGCCAUGGACGACUUCGUGCCUUUCAUCAUCCAGCUGGACACCAACGACCUCUCCAACCGGUCGACCCCGUCCGUGAUCGGGUUCGACCCGCGGCAGAUCCUGGUCGGCGAGGCGGCCGAGAGCAAGAUGACGUCGAGGCCCAAGCAGUUCGUGGCUGACCUCCUGGCCUCCCUCGGCUCCGAGGCUGCGGCGCGGAUGGCCAAGUUUCCCUGCGGCUACGCGGACGGGAGCCUCGGCCCCUUCGAGUUCGACGGCAAGGAGACGGGUGGUGGGCGCGCCCCGGGGCCCGGGGGGCGGAGCGCGCCCGCGCUGCACCGGGGUCGGGCCGCGCCGCCCUGGUACGUGUUUUCGCAGCUUGCCGUAAGCAUGAUUACCACUGUUGCUCACAUCGUGGCCUCAUUCCAACUGUUGGCCCGUUCUGUUUCCGGCAUCCAGACGAGGUCCUCCAGCGAAGCCAUCCUGGGCGUAGACGAACAGUUGGACAGGAAGGCCGGUCUGGGCGUGAUGAACAGGGCGGGCGUCACUCAGUACCACCACAAUGCGUUCAGCGUGGCCAAGGGGACCAAGAGGACGGACGGCACGUUCUUCUGGCCGGAUCCCGCCAACCGUGAGGGGCAAGCGUUUUCUGGCGCGACGGACCUGACGGACAAUGUCUCUUGGGGCUGGCACCAUCCGAGCGGCAUCUACAACACCAUUCCAGUCGGCAGCCCCCUCAUCGACGACGAGUUGAACAUCUACAUGGGGGCCGACGACGCCAUCCGGAAGUUCGACAUCACGGGCGAGAUCAAAUGGAGCUACGCUCCGCGUGGUCAGCUCGCAGCGGCGCCCACUCUUGUCGCUGCCAGCAGCAGGCGCCAGGCGGCCCGUCUGAAGAGCGACUUGAGCGCGGUGGAGGAGGACAUGCUGCGGCCUGACUGGGACAAGGGCAACAGGUCUUCUUUCCGCUUCUUCAAGGAUUUCAUGGUCGGUGACGUCGUCAAGGUGAAGCCUGGCUUGAGCUACCGGGCGGACGGCAAGGAACUUUACAAGGAAGGCGACCAGGGGCUCAUCACCGAUUUCGUCCCGGGAGAUGGCAAGGACAGGAGGGCUGUCAUCGCAUGGAUGCGUACGGGCCACAAGAGUGUGCUUGAUCUCCACUCUAUCAAGAGCCGCUUCGUGCGCGUGCAGUCGACGAAUGUGGAUGCAUCGGUGCCUCCCAUGCUCGUAGGUAGCACCACCGCCGGUUACGUGUUCGCGAUCGACCUGGAGAACGGAGAGGAGCUUUGGGCAACGUGGGCCUCGAACGACAUUUCUGGCGUCAAGGGGGCUGUGGCAGCCAAGGAUGGAAUCGUAGUGGUUGCAACCGACAGGUGCACUGACAGGUAUUGCUACAGGUACCGCAACCAGACCAAUCCUCUCACUCCGGGCAAUUCCAUGGUGCGGGGCUUGAGUGCCGUGGACGGCAGCGCUGUGUGGGAAUUCAAGACCAUGGCGCCUGUGUGGAACAUGGUCCCGCUGUGGGGCCAGGACUCCAACGUGAUGUUCCAGGAUGGGGAGGGCAGGAUGUACUCCCUGGACUUGCAGACUGGCGCCCUUAAUUGGAAGGCAGGUGGCGACAUCGGGACGUACACCGAAGCAGCCGCCGCAUACAGCUCUGAUUACAACGCGGUGUUCGCCCUUGGCGUGGGCUACUACGAUCGAGGCAUUCGCCCUGGCCACACUAACAAGCAUUGUAAUCCUUAUGUGGCACCUGGCAUCCUUGUUAAUUGCUUCACGUGGCCAGGAGCAAGGGGCUGGGUCCGCGGUUACAACGCCACGUCCGGAAGGAAACUCUGGGAGCAGACAACACCAGAGCCGCCAGCCAGCGCCGCCGUCCUCAUGCUCAACAGCCCGAGUAUGCACACCCGCUUGAUCUGGGCUCUCGACCCGCACAACGGCCACAUCCGGUGGAACAGGGACGGCCCGACGCUGUGGUCCGGCCAGUGUGCCGGCGACAAGGACGGCGCCGACAUCCGCAGGGCUAUGGGCGGCCGGGCUGUGUGCCAUCCGAACAGUUGGUCCAUCCCGGCAGCCGACUCGAACGGUGACCUGUAUGUUGGCAACCAGGUAGGCGAGCUGCAGAAGUGGGGCUCGCCGACUGGGCUGACAAGGGACGUCCAGCUGCUCUCGACCCUGACCACCGGCCACGCCUUCCAGGAUGCGGCCAUCGCGUUCGGCAACGGCGUCAUGGCCAUCUCCACGUGCACUUCCCUCAUUGUCUUGCAGACUUCCGCAGACUAUUUUGCGAACGAGACUUGGACAGUCACGGCUGCACCGAACGUUGACGGCAUGCCCGAGGGCUACAAUCCCAGCGGGUGGCGCACGGGUGGCGCGUGA